AUGCCUACCAAGACCACAAUAGUCGUACCAAAGCACAGUCUGGUCGACUCGACCGAAUCCAGCGAAAAGGGUGUCUCUUCCAGACGACUCAAAAAGCGAGAAAUCGACCGACGAUGCCAACGUCAAGCCCGCGAACGAACAAAAUCUCGAAUAGCCUACCUCGAAGGUCUGGUGGAUGAUUUCCGGCGACAGGAUGCCACAGGCCAAGUCACAACCCUGAUGAAACAACUUCAAGAGGUGGAAGUCGAGAGAGACAUGAUGGCACGGACACUGAAAGACAUCCAAAAGGCAAUGGAUAUAACUAAGCCGUUGGGCCAGAAUGAGGAGCAGUCGAGCAGCAUCCACAUUGAAGGGGAUGGGGAGCGGAAAUCGAGCAUCACAUCCCUGACCGACGAUGCGCCCAUGAAUCUUAAAAUCGAACCUGUCGAAGAGAUUCCUCGAGUCCACGGUUUUGAUAUGGCCAACUUCACUUCUCCGCCUCCUAGCCAGCUCAAGCCGCAAGACAUGCUGUUUGCUCCGGAAAUCGUGCGCUUGGACAGUGACAGUCCGCUUUCCACGAGUCAAGUUCUAGUGCAGUGCAAGACCACCCGCGAAGAGAACCCAAUGCCUUCGCGAUGGGCCAACAAUUGGGCCAAACCCAACAGUUCGUGCGCCUGUCAUAGCCAUUCGAAGCAUGUACCCGGCCAACCUGUGCUCUGGCGAGGAAACUACUGGGUGUACGCCAACGAAGUGUUGAGCGAGCGCUUCAACUGGGGUGAAGAUGUGGAACCGGCGACCGAUGCCCUUUCGGACGACGUCCCCAUCCGUGCAUUACUGGAAGGUUGGGAUGCAGUCGCCAAACGAGGUCCAUUACAUCCUUCAUGGCAGAUUUUGCGUCGGAUCGAUGAGACUUUGUUUCCCACAUGUCCCAACACAGAACGUUUGGCAGUGUUGAGGGCAAUGCAUUCGCUUCUACAGUUCCAUACCGAGUCGACUUCGGAACGCUAUCAACGCCUACCGGCAUGGUACAUGCGCCGCCCGUCGCAGUCGAUAGCCCAUUCCUACGCGAUCGAUUACUUUGCUUGGCCAGGAAUCCGAGAACGAUUCAUCUUCAGUGAACAUAACUACUGCGAGAAUGAAUUCUGGCACUUGUUCUGUCGCAGUCUACGGAUCCUGUGGCCGUACGAAUUUCGCGACUGUUAUACACGUGAAGUCGGGACUGGUCUGUACAAAGUCAGCCCCAUGUUUGAUCAAAGAUUGUCAGAUAUCAAAUGCUGGACGAUGGGUCCCGAUAUAUUCCAACGAUAUCCGGAACUCUACAGCGACAUGCCUGCUUUCAAUCAUAUACCACAGACCGUGUCAGAUAAAACGUCCCAGCAGAAAAGGUUGCUCCCUCGGUCGACCUCGGCAAAAGCUUACAAGCCUCAAAACUCGGUACAGAAAGAGCAGAAAGAAGUGACCAAGCGUCCCACCGCUGAAAGUCAGUACAUUCCGACGCAGCAUAAUAAUAUGCUUAUCCAGCAAUCACAUUCUCAAGGGUACUUUCAGUCUGGGCAGACCGCCCAUCAAGCGAUCUCGAAUCCUCACCUAUACAAUCUGGCGGACUACAAUCCAUUGAUGGCUCUCGAUGCGUUUGCCUAUGGGGCAAUCACCGAGGCAGACUUUACCAGUGUAUACCAACCAAAUAUGCAGGACGGUUAUCCAAGUGUGACAUUCUGA